AUGAUCCUGGUACUUCUUCAGCCAUUGCACUACAGCUAUGCUGAAGAAGGCUCUUCUUCGAAGUCAACCAUCAAUGUCCCCGCUGGAACCCCCACUGUGCCUUUCAAGAAGCCUUCCAUCAAGUUCCCUUGGGGGCGCCUUCGCGUCAAGCAUAAAAGCGCAUCUGGGCAGGCUUUGGUGCAGCAUUUAGCACCGCAAGAGGAUAAAGCCGCUUCUCCUCCUUCUGGGCCGCCUACAAAGGCACUAGCAGAUGCAAUCGGGGAGGCUGUUCAUCAGCAGGACACACCCGUGGGGGUGUCGCCAGCUACCCUCCCAGCUCAGCAGAGUGGAGGUGAGUCUGGAACUAGGGGUGCCACGCAUCAUGUGGCUGAGGACAAAGCAUCCCUCAACGUGUGGGAGCAGGUUUGGGAACCCUUAACGAUUAUAGCGCCGCAUAAGAAGCUGUUUUCCGUGGCCUUGUCUGCCGAGGAUCCAAUCCUUGUAGACCACACUCACAGACCGCAUUUGCCCGGUCUUCAUCUAGGGCCAGAGGAGGUAAAAGAACUCAACAAUCAACUCAGCAAGGAGUUGUGCCCCAUUCAGCUUCCGGAGUUUGCGCAAUCGCCUCUCGUGGCGUCCAACUUAGAGGAUAAAUCAGCCCGAAUGCAUGAAGGAAGCAAGGAGAAACAGCGGUACGUUGUUCCAAUGGCCCAGCGUCAAGCAUCGAGCUGGUGGCAUAAAGAUAGGCCUUUUAUACUUCCGUCCCAGCAGACAUGGGCUUCUUCGGCCUCCCCAACAGUGCCUCCUGCAUCUGAUACAAAGGAUCCAUCAGGCAUGAACAUGCUCGAUGUGAUGGAGAUAUUCGAUAUGUCAGGUUUCGGUGUAUCUGCCCUCUUUCAUCCUGAAGCUUUUGAGGAGCAUUUGCAUUGUGAGGGCUUCUACCCCCCUCUGUUCCUCCGUAGCAAACCCCUCAGCCCGUGGGCAGCCGCCUGUUCAUUCAAGCACUUCUCUGCCUUUGCAGAGAAAGUUGCAAAGUUGGCAACGGCGCACGCAAGCACAGCUAACUCUUCAGGUGUACCUCAAGCUAAGCGUGUGCUCUCAACGCCUGCCUUUCUACAGCACGCCCCAUCAACCGUAGACCCCCCAUCUUCCGAUUCUGGAUAUACAGAGGAAGUGCCUCUCAGUAUCUCUCUCCUCAGUGCCCUAGAAGCAGCUGGGCCGAGCGAAGGAAGCAAUAGGAAACUGGAAAACACAGAGGGAGGGAAACCUUCGGAGCUUUUGGGCGAGGACUAUGUGGAAGCCCCCGAGGACUCGGAAGCUUCUGUCCCUGUGCUCGUAAAUAGUGGGCCGGUGAACAAUGAGUUUACCUCUAGGUGGUGGCACGGAUUGCUUACUUCCCCUGUGGGGCCCUUUGCAGAUAGACGCAAUGUGGCAGGUUUCCUCCUUCAGGUGAAGGGCUCAAUCUGGCACGAGGUGAUGGACGCGGCAGAGCUUGCAGUUCCGGUCGUGGCGCUUACUACCCUGCAGAAAAAGAGGGGGACAGAGCCGGUCAUGUUCGCCCUGAGCUCCGCCCUCCUCAACUGCCGUGCCCAUUUGCCGUACCGACAGGUGGGAAAUCUUGGCAUGCAGACCGUUCCUUUCGAGGCCCAGUUGGAAAGCCCUUUGGUGGAUUUCUUUAAUCGCCACAGGGCCUCGGUGGAUCUCCCCUUGGAGAUGACUGCACCCCAGAAGAUUUUUGUGGACGGGAGGCAUUACGCUGGAGAACCGAAGAAACGCCGGAUCAACCGGGUGUACUUCCGUAGCGUACUUGUGCUGUGGCAAUUCGCCUUUCACGCAUAUCGAAUUUCUGAUCAAUUUGAAGACUACGCGAGGCUUUCUCUUCCUAAGUUGCUUUUCAAACACUGGGUUCCGACCUACGUGGGCACCGCCCUGCUCACUCACAACGGUAAGGAGGUACAACCAGGGGUAGACAGAGGGAUAGACUGCAGGCCAGAAGCUACAGAAGCAGAAACUAUGGGUGUGACUUUGAUUGUGUGCGUGUGCUUACCCGCUGGGGGCCUUUCCAUAGUACCGCUUCGUACAGCUAAAGGAAAGAUGACAGUCGAAUUGACCAAGACCGCGUCCUCCAGUAAACAGGCCGGAAAGUCCUCACGGGGCUCCGCCCAGAGCAAGCCUGCUAGAAAUGCCCUCGACAUGCCUGGUAGGGCCUUUGUAUUCGACAUGAGCACAAGAGAACUAUGGAAGCUUCAGGAGGGAAGCGAACGAACGAGGCCCAACACGACAUUGAAGCACAAUCAACUUCUUGUGGAAGACCGUCGCCUCUACCCUAUCACUUCCGAUGCCUGUGAUAACGACGCCUCCAUUCAAGUGCCCCUCCCUAUGCCUUUGUUGUACCGCUGGGAUUUCGUUCCAGAGAGCACGGCAGAAGAGCACAGAUCGCUAGCAGUGGCAACAGAAACAGCCACAGCAGGAAGUGUAGAAGAAACAAAGCCAUCAGGCGGCACUUUGGAAGAGCCUGCGUCAUCAGGAUCUCCCAAGAAUGUGGACCAGAGCUUCUUCCCAAGCCCUCUUCCUUCCCGCAUCUUGCACCUAGAUGAUGACGUGGGCAUCGGCCCGGCGGAUAGGGACCAUCGUCAGCCUCAGGAGGGACAAACUUCGGAGAUCCCCAUACAUAGAGCAGACGUCGUCUGGGCCUUCAAGGGAACUGGAUCUUCCAAACAAUGGACAUUUAAUACCAUGGUAUCAGCGAUAAAAGACCCCUUCUUUUCCCCCACUGCCCUGGUGCAUUCGGGCAUGAACUUUUUGUUCCAUCAAGUGAUAAGGCGCCCGAUGACGCGGUUUGUGCACGAGGUCCGGCUGCUGCUAGAGCGGAGAAAUGCGUCACAGCAUCCGGAGAAUCCCCCAAAACCAUAUGUAGUUGUCUUUACCGGACACUCCCAGGGCGCCGCCUCCGCUGUAUAUGCCGCGUGGUUCGUUUCAAAACACCUGAGAGCUGAGAUCAAGACCGGACAAGUCGUGGUAUACUGCAUUCCGUUUGCUGCGCCGAUGAUGGGGGAUAAAGCUGCCAUAGAGGAGUUUAAUCGCCACGGCGCCAUCAUACAGCAUAUAGCCUUAGAUGUUGACCCCGUUCCGGAUUUACGGCAUGCGAAAGGAGAACAAUACAUGGAGAGGGAUUACGAGCACACUCUGAUGAUCCCAUUGCAUUCCUUUGCACGUGCCCAUGUGUUUGACCGGGAGACAAAAAAGCUCCUGUUCACUGGGCUGAGUUGGUUGGACUACACGUUCAAGUCUCCAAGUCGGUUGCAUAGAAUGUUGGGGUUUGCAUCCCGUGCAUUGGGGUUGCACAAGUUUCUUAGGCUCACAAAGGCAAUCACAGUCAUGUGGGCCCACUUGCACACCCUCCCCUGCAGUUUUACCAUCCUUGCUGACCUCCUUCCUGAGGCUGGGUGGAGCAGCUAUUGCAGCAGUGCAUUUCUCAAGCAUUGGCACGGUCGUCCGUUUGUUGCAAGUCCAGAUUUUGACGUCGCGCUGGAGGUUGCAUGGCGUCGCUUGGUUCCCGCAUUUGCUUCGCGCAUCCAGAGGAAGCUGCUUCACUACCCAAAUUUCCUUAAUGAUGCGGCUGAUGCGAUUGAGAAGUUGUACGACACAUCCAGACACGGAGAGCUGUAG